AUGCUGCAGCGGAGCGCGGCGUUCCUGUUGAAGGCCCGGCCAAAGACAGUGAACGUGGAGCCGGGCUCCAACCGUCUGCUGGAACCGGCUGCUCUGGCGAAGGCAAAGGACAUAUUUGCGGUGCCGGAAUUCCCAGGGAAGCGUGUGCUGCACAACUGGCGCUUCUUCAUCAAGGCGGGGAAGGCGGCGACGGGACCCCCGGUGGGGCAGGAGUUCUCUAAGCUCGGCCUGAAGGCGAUGGACUUUGCCAAGGUUUUUAAUGACCGCACGAAGCCGCAUUUCAAGGACGAUGUGGAGCUGAUUGUGCGCAUCCAGGUCUACUUUGACAAGUCGUAUCGAUUCGUAAUUGAGCCACCGCCGACCGCAUGGUUCAUUCUGCGCGCGCUGAGGAAGAAGCGGCGUGAGACGGGCCCCGUGCCGAUCCGCGGGCACUACUGCGCCCUGAUGACUUUGGAGAUGGCGUACGAGAUCGCCAAGAUGAAGCCGCAGAGUUGGGGCAGGCCGGAGUACCCGCUCAUUGAGACGCGUGUACGCCGUGUGGUGGGCCAGGCGCGCCGGUUGGGCGUCUGCUUCAUUGGCGUGGACACGCCGCACAGCUCCCCCGUGAAGGGGAUGACGGAGAAGCAGUAUGCGGAGGAGAGCGAGAAGUACCGCAAGAUCCACAUGGAGCAGUACAUGGCACUGCGGCAGCGGGAGCUGGAGGAGGCACCGCUGAUUGAGCGACUGCACCGCCCCAACCUUGCCCCACUGACGGACGGGCAGAUCGAGGAGGGGCUGCAGGACCCCAGCCUUCUGCAUGCCCUGUGGAAGGCCAGCCACCCGAAGAGUCCGUACCACAAGGACCUGAAGCAGCGCGAGAUGGCGCGCCGCUACCUGAACGCGAGGGGGUGGGUGAAGGACAUGUCACUGGAGGAGAUGCAGCUGGUCUUCAUGAACUACCGCCUCCCGGAGAUUGAGCGCAGCAAUCAGAUGGAUGAGGGGAAGAUGGAGGGCCAGGUGUACUGGACAAGAGACGGUCCGCAGCAGUGA